UUUAUUAAUCAGGAGCACUGAAUGGAAACCAAUCAGAUAGAGAGCCCCCUCGGCUCGGGCUGCUUGCAUGCGGGAGUUAAAAAGUGCUGCUGGUCGAGCGGCAGCCCCAGUGAGCGGCGGGGAGGCUGAGAGCGGGCAGCAGGGGCCAGGAGCUGCCGCCACCCAUCCCAGCUCAGCCCUGCAAGCCGAGAUCCUCUGAGACUGCAAAGACUACUUAAAGAGUGAAGACGGCAUGAGAUUGGAUUUGAUGCAGUAAAAUAGGUUAGCUUGAAAACAAGAAAAACAGUUGCUAUUUAGAUCUUCUCUUGUUGCCGUGAUGAGAACUUACCAUUGCUUCUGGCUGCUGUUUUGGGCUGGCCAGCCCCACCAGAGUUUCUUAACUUUGCUGUCCAAAAGGACUAGUGGCUUUCCAGAGAAGGAAAAGGUUUUGGUAUUGUCUGGAAACAACAGGAGAGACCUCAGUCGUUCCAAAAGGAGUUGGAUGUGGAAUCAGUUCUUUUUAUUGGAGGAAUAUACAGGAACUGACUAUCAAUAUGUUGGCAAGCUGCAUUCAGACCAGGAUAAAGGAGAUGGAUCACUUAAGUACAUUCUGUCUGGAGAUGGAGCAGGAGACCUCUUCAUUAUCAAUGAAAACACUGGUGACAUCCAAGCCACGAAGAGACUAGACAGAGAAGAAAAGCCUGUAUACAUACUUCGUGCCCAGGCUAUAAAUCGAAGAACUGGAAGACCAGUGGAACCAGAAUCUGAGUUUAUCAUCAAAAUCCAUGAUAUCAAUGACAAUGAGCCAAUGUUUACAAAGGAUGUUUACAAUGCCAGCAUUCCAGAAAUGUCAGAUGUUGGUACCUCUGUUGUGCAAGUCACAGCAACAGAUGCUGAUGAUCCUACAUAUGGAAACAGUGCCAGAGUGGUCUACAGCAUUCUUCAGGGACAGCCAUAUUUCUCUGUGGAACCUGAAACAGGUAUUAUUAAAACUGCUUUGCUAAACAUGGACCGUGAAAACAGGGAGCAAUAUCAAGUGGUCAUCCAGGCCAAAGACAUGGGAGGCCAGAUGGGUGGAUUAUCAGGGACCACUACUGUGAACAUCACGCUGACUGAUGUCAAUGACAAUCCACCUCGAUUUCCCCAGAGCACCUACCAAUUCAGAGCUCCUGAGUCUACGCCACCUGACUCUCCAAUUGGCAGGAUUAAAGCUAAUGAUGCAGAUCUGGGUGAAAAUGCAGAGAUUGAGUAUAGUAUCACUGAGGGGGAUGGAUUUGACAUGUUUGGAAUUACCACAGACAAGGACACACAGGAAGGAAUUCUAACUGUCAAAAAGGCACUGGAUUUUGAAAAUAAAAACUUGUAUAUUCUGAAGGUGGAAGCCACCAAUACUCACGUGGAUCCUCGAUUCCUCUACUUGGGGCCAUUCAAGGAUUCAGCCACAAUCAGAAUUCAAGUAGAAGAUGUAGACGAACCCCCUGUGUUCAGCAGACCAGCAUAUAUAAUUGAAGUGAAAGAAGAUGUUCCAAUAAACAGUGUAAUAGGAACAGUAACAGCGCAGGAUCCAGAUGCUGCCAAGAACCCUGUCAAGUACUCUGUAGAUCGACACACUGAUAUGGACAGAGUAUUCAACAUCAACUCAGGAAAUGGUUCGAUAUUUACUUCAAAAACUCUUGACCGGGAAACAUUGCUAUGGCACAACAUUACAGUAAUAGCAGCAGAGAUCAACAACCCAAAACAAAGCAGCCGCGUCCCAGUGUUCAUUAAGGUUUUGGAUGUAAACGACAACGCUCCAGAGUUUGCCAUGUUUUAUGAGACCUUUGUCUGCGAAAAUGCAAAAGCAGAACAGCUGAUACAAACGUUGAGCGCUGUUGAUAAAGAUGACUCUUACAGUGGACACCAAUUUUCAUUCUCCAUAGCUCCAGAGGCAGCCAGCAGCUCAAACUUUACACUCCAGGACAACAGAGAUAACACAGCAGGGAUUUUCACCCGAAAAACCAGAUAUAACCGGCAUGAAAUGAGUACCUACCUUUUGCCAGUGGUAAUAUCAGACAAUGACUACCCAAUCCAGAGCAGCACUGAAACGGUGACUAUUCGGGUAUGUGCUUGCGACCAUCGAGGAAAGAUGCUGUCCUGUAAUGCGGAAGCCUUGAUUCAUCCUACUGGUCUUAGCACUGGGGCUCUUAUUGCCAUUCUUCUCUGUAUCAUUAUAUUACUUGUUACAGUGGUGUUGUUUGCAGCACUGAGACGGCAAAGGAAGAAAGAGCCUUUGAUCAUUUCUAAAGAAGACAUCAGAGACAACAUUGUCAGUUAUAAUGAUGAAGGUGGUGGAGAGGAAGACACCCAGGCAUUUGAUAUUGGCACGCUGAGGAAUCCCGAAGCCAUAGAUGAUAAUAAAUUACGCAGAGACAUUGUGCCAGAAACGCUUUUUAUGCCACGGCGGACUGCAACAACCAGAGAUAAUACGGAUGUCAGAGAUUUCAUUAACCAAAGGUUAAAGGAGAAUGAUACAGACCCAGCUGCCCCCCCUUAUGACUCGUUAGCAACCUAUGCUUAUGAAGGAAAUGGAUCUGUUGCAGAGUCCCUCAGUUCUAUAGAAUCCCUUACUACAGACGGAGACCAGGACUAUGAUUACCUCAGUGACUGGGGGCCGCGGUUUAAAAAGUUGGCAGAUAUGUAUGGCUCAAUGGACAGUGACAAAGACUCUUAAUAUGUUGCCUUUUUUUUCCCUCCCUCAUUUUCAGAAACAGCAUUGAGAUACGUGAAGUGGCUAUUUCUUUCUAUUUCUCCACAGCUCUGUGAAAGGGUUCUCUAUUCGAACGGUUCCAGUUGUCUAAUGACUGCAGUCUGUGUGGAUCAGCUGUCAGAAAACUUUUUCUAGUAUCAUUUUAUGAGCUUCCAAGAGGCAAAGUUCUUAUUUUUUAGGGCAUCCAAGUUUAUCAAGCCAACCUUACAGGCACAGCAGUGGUGGAGGGGAAAAAAAAAAAGAUCAGAUGGGGAGCAAUAUUUUUACUUGUUCUGCUUAUACUGUAAAUUGGAGUAUAUUACUGUUUAAGCUCACUUGCUCUUUUUACUUGUAUUCAGAUUAUUCAGCUCAGACGACUGCUCUGUUGAUUGUGUAUUGCACAUCCCAAUGUAAUGAGGUACCCUAGUUUAACCUAUGUAUUAUAGUCAAAAAGUAGUGGUGAUGGAAUGAAGGUUUAUUAUACAAAGUAGAGUCAGAUGAGAAAAAAACAUCCAACACAUUUUACUCACGAGGAGGUUAGAGAGGCCUAAUGGUCACUUAAAUCUAAGUGUUUUUUCAGAACUCGCCAUUGCCCCCAAUGCACUGAAUUGUAUUAACACACAUAUAUAUAGUUCAUUGACUACUAUGUAUAUAUUCUUCUGACCUAGCAUUGCUGGAGAGAUGUGAGUGCAUGCAUGUGUGUGCGGUCAGUAGCCCCAGUAUCUUGUUCUUAGAUGGCUUCUAGGAACCUAGACUCCAUAUUAGACCAUGACUUGGAGGAAGGAACAGAAAGCAACUGUGCUUUUCUUUGUACUUGCAGUGGCUUCCACAUGCACAUCAGUGGUGAAGGUCACUGUGCCGGGGAGGCAGGACUCGGGCUUUUCUACUUCUGCCUGUUCCCAAGUGUAGGAGGGCUGUUGUAGCCUCAGGGUCAUCGCCACCCACUGAGUCAAAAUAAGAAACUGCAAAGGAGGAAAGAGAACUUCUACAUCCUGAGCUCCCCUGGUGGCAGCCCAGGGUGACCUCACUGACUGCCCAGUUUUGCUAUCUGUAAAGUAGGGAAAUAAUGCCUACCUCAUCAGGAUGUUGCAAGUAUUAGAUAAGUCACUUGGAAAAUGCUUUACAGAUGGAAAAAUGCUGGCAUUCUGCCAGAGGAAGUAAUUUCUUAUGCUUUUUUUUUUGUUUGUUUGUUUGUUUUUGCUUUUUUUUUCCCUUCCCCCUUCUGAUUCAAGCCCUGAAUGCACAAAUAAGCAAAAAUCAAUUGUCAUUCUAGUGGCCUGAAAAAAGGCAGGGUAUAUAACUUUGGUGUUUGUUUGUUUUUUCUUUUAAUAAACUACUCAGCCAGUGUUGUUAAAGUCUUCACCAGAAGGUGACAUUUUAAUCACAAGUCUCUCAGUGGGUGUGCUUAUCUGCUUUGCCAAGCUAAGUAAUUUUUUGUCCACCGGUGGGAGCGCAGGGAGAUGUCAUAGUCUCAAGCCAGAACAAUUUCCUCUACAGCUUGUGCACUAUUCGCUCUUUCUGUUGGUUUGUCAAACCUGUACUGUGGCUGUUCUUUAAAUCCAGUCAUCUAGGAGGUUAGAUGGAAAAAUAACCCAAAGGGGUAGCCAUCAGACAUAUCCAAUUCCAGGAGCUGAAAGCCCCCCUGGGUCCCAAAACAGGGACUUCGCCUAAAGCAGAGCACUGAGGGAAGAAGGAUAUUUUUUAUUUAUUUUUUUUUAAUAUACCUCAUAAAUAACUGAUCUCAUGUACUUAAUUUUGAAACAGUAUUUAACACUAGAAUUACAGGCGUGGAUCUAUUUCCUUCCUCCUCCCCCCUAAAAUCUUUAGUGAAUCAAUUUGAAAACUUAAACUGCUCCAAUUUACUCUAAAAAUACAGAGACAAGGGAAAAAAGUUAAUAGACAGAAAAUUAAAAGGGAUUAAAAAUUAAUCCCUGGAAUUCAUUACUUUCAGAGAAAUAAAUAAAGAGAGUGGUAAGAUUCCAGAGUUUUAGACACAUCCAAGCACAAUGACAGAAAUUCUAGUUUUGUGGGCCCACAACAGCUCAGAGGAGGAACGAGUUGUUCUGCAGUGUCCAGUAGUGCUGGGAAAGGACACUUCUGCAGUGAGAAGCACUACAUGUCUGCAGGCUUAGGGAAAGGCAACUGAUGCUUUGUAGGUGCCCAGCAUUGUAUCUCAGAUGAGUUUUCAAGAGCAGACGAGUCCAAGAUUACAGGGGGAGCUGAGCUCCCAGCCUGUCAUGGGUUAGGUGCCAGCUCCAUUACAUGGUGGGGCUGAGCCUGAUGUGCCUACACGAUGGCACUGACACAGCUAGGCCCUUCUCAUGUUCUCAGUUCUGCUCCACAAUUCAAGAUUAUAAAAGCCUUUGAAAGCCUAUCCCUUUGUGGCCUCCUGGAAAUCAGAGCAUCCAACAGGCAACCAGCCCAAAACCUGGUUCUGGCACAGGAGAGGAACCGCCUGGUUCCUUUCAGACAUGGGAGGAGAAGCAGGAUCUCAGGAGCACCUGCCACAGUUUCUUUGGAGUGAGCCACUCUUACAGUUGCUGCAGAUGCUGUACCCUUCAGGGGACUCUUUUGCCACAUACCUGCUCCUUGCCCAUCUCUGCAUGGGGCUGGCUGCAGCAAAUCACAAGCUCAGAGCAGAGUUGGAUGCUGAGAGCCAUCAGUGAAUCCUGACCCUCCUCAGACCACUGGGGACAUCAAAGAUAGCUGCCGAGCAUGUGGCCUGUGGGUUCACAGGCAUUUGGUCCCACUAACUAUCCUCUACUCACUGUUUAGAAGGGGCUGCUGUCACAUGGCUGGAGGCAGCCCAAGAAGUAAGUAGCCUGCCUGCAGCUGGAAUGGGAGUGGUCCCCUCAUGGAACCUGUGUCAGUUCUUGAGGGAGCUAACACGACAGAAGGACCAUGCACCUCCACCAAGUCAGUACAGUUACUUGGUCUGAUCUGGUGAUUGUUAGUGACAGUUCAACCUCAAGUUUUGUUGUUUUCUUUUUCCCUCUCCUCCCUUUUUUGCUAUUUUCCCUUUUCCUGUUGAAAGCUGGCUCUAUCCUGCCCAAUGAGCUUCCCAGUAUAUAAUAGAGAGGCUGCUCAUGCCUGUUGUGUAAAUGUAUAAUAUAUAAAAGUAUGUAAUGUCACCACAGUAUUACUGUCUCAAUAGCAAAUGAAUUCUCCUAGGAAAACUCAAGGCAAACUCACAUCCAAAUUCUUUAUUAUGCAUCUAGGUCUUAAAGUCUGUUUUUUUUCCUGCGAAUUAGACAGACUUAGUAUCUUUCUCAACAAGAAGAAUUCAAUUAUGUCUUUUCCUCUUGCUUGGCAGUACCACAAAGUGCUAUUUAUAAAAUCAGUACCGCAUAUUAAAUAUUGAAAGUGCCAUAUUGCAAUGAAUACAAAACUUUGCAGUAGUGUUUCUUUGCACCUUGUUGCAUGUCGGUGUGCUAGAUGACAGAAAUGAGUAUUUAACAGUACUUUCACACGGUGCUAGAGUUGUCAUUUAUAGAUCAACAAUUGUUAGAUUAGGGGCUAUGAAGUGAGUUUCAAGGCUGUUUUAAGCCUGCUUUUCUUAGAACCAUGCCCAUUUGAAGAGAAUAAACAUUACAAGCAAAUUUAGUUAAGCCAGGCAGAGAUGAGAAAUGAAGUUGGCUUUUCACUUGGAAAAGUGUCUGUUUUAACAACAGGGGAGCUAUUGAAAGCUACCAAGGAACUCAGUGGAGUUAACAUAAAAUAGAUGCCUGCUUACAUGGGAGAUGUUUCCAACCCUGCUGUCACAGAACAAUAACAUCUCUACGCUUGAAAUAGAAUAUGGUUUCUAGUAUAGCUAUUCCACCCCAACUCCCAAAUCAGCUACUGCCUAUAAAAUGGAUUUUUACUCAGAAUAAUGAUUGUUUCAGGUUAAGAAUCAGUCUAUCCCACAGCAGCAGCAGUAUGGGGAGAUACAGCAAACCAGAUGCAUCCAGACAUGCUGCCAACACAGUUGUGCCAGGACAUCUCCCUUAGUAGACCAGCCUAAGAAGGAGAGCCAAGACAGAAACUUGCCGUGAGCUCUGAACAAGGCAAUUUGGGGGUUUCCUGAGAGCUCAGCUGGCAGUACCACAGAUCUGAAAUGUUUUUCCAGACCUGACAUGGAUGGAUAGACUAUCUAAACAUGAGAAGAAAAAAGCAGUCAUGCCUUUCAGAUACUGCUUCUAAAAGAUGAUCGUUAGGAAAGAAUCCCAAGCAGAGAGAAAACAUUCCCACAAAUGUACCAACACUGGUUAUUUUCUAUAUUUGGCCUAAAACAACUAUUUUUUUUUUUUUUUUUCCUCUCUCUAUAUUUCUUUAUUUUUUUUAGCUGCCAGACCUUAGUUCCUUCUAUGAAAGGUAUUUCACAGUGUUAAAUGUGAAUGGGAAAGGCAACCUGCAAAUGAUCCAGUUUUGGAAAGCAAUAUUGGUUGCAUUACAAGCAUAAAUAUUUCCAUUUCUCUGAACCAAAAAUAAACUAACAGAAAAACAUUAACUGGACAUCCCUAAUCUUACAAAAAUUCAAUAGUCACAAAGCAGUAAAGCAGGGAGAAAUGGCUUUGGGAAUGUGUCUAAUCAUAUAGUAUGAAUAAAGAAGAAGAGGAAAAAAACAUUUUGAAGCUAGGCAUGCUUCUAAGUCUGAUGAUUUACCCACAUUGAGCAGAGACAAACAGUUAACACAGUAACUUUACCACUUCCAGAUUGCUUAUAGAAGCCAGAGGGGAAUUUGCGUGGAUAGCAAGACAGACACCAUCUUUCUCAAACAGAGCAAAUUAAAUCAAGGCUAUUUCCAUGCAAAUUUUUAGAGAAGACAGACCCUUUCUCAUGAUGAUUACUAAAACAUGCUAAAUUUCUGCACCAGAUCUAACUUGAUGGUCUUCUGCAUUGUUUUCAGUGGGUUAUGGACGGUGAUUCUGAGCAGGUGAUUUCUGUGGACUCUAUCAGCUCUUCCUGUCACCAUCUGUUUUAAAUCUCUCCACAUUACAUUUGGCUAUAAGUAAUACUGAACUGUUUUACAUGAUCACUGUCUCACCUGGAUGCUGCUGUCCCCUGCCCAUUUGUGUUUUAAUUAACACUGCAGUCUGGGCUCCUGUGUCAAAUAAGAGCAGACAAAUUGACAAUCGUUAUCCUAUUUCUGAUGAGUAUGAACUGUUUUGUAAGUUGUGAAAGGCAGGGUAUUUUUCUGACUCUCUAGGCCUGUGAAAACACAACAUCCCACAAUAAAUGUCAGAGCUACAACUGAAGAACUGAGCACUGUGCAGGCAGCAGAGUAUCGGCAUGGUUUGCUCAGAGAUGAUGUAGAAUGUCCUCCUUGGAGAUCUUCAGGACUCAGUCCUGAGCACCCAGCUCUGUGUGGCUUUGCUGGGGGGUUGGACCAGAUGGACCCAGAGGUCUCUGGCAACCUCAACCAUUCAGUGAUUCCAUUAUAUAUAUAUAUAUAUAUAUAUAUUUAUUUUUUUUUUUGGUAUUUCUAUUUUCAGUUUAGCCUUCUUUAGAGGUUGUUUCUCUAUUUAAGAGAGAUGAAGAACAAAAGUAUAUUUAAUGCCUACAGCCUUGUGCAUUGCUCCAGGAGGGGAAAAACACAGCAGCCAACUCCACGCUUUAAUGCCAGUCUUUCCUCUCAGCAGUUUUAUUUCAGCACAGCUGAGACAAUCUUAAUCCUGCCCAUCAUUUUGCAAUAUUAUACUUUUCAGCCCAGACCUGCACUCAUCAUAUACGAAACACUCCCCUGAACAGUUCAUAAAUUCAGCAGGAUGUAUCCAAAAGCCUUGACUGGGGUUACAAGGAGUUCAAGAGCCAGAGAGAUGGGAGUUUCAGGCAGAAGUAUGGAAAAUGAAUUGCACAGGGUGGGAAUUGGGGGGAGGUAAUCACUCACAUGCAAGGCAGGCCCACGGCACUUAAAAGCCACAAAGCUGUCACAUUAUACAUAGAAUUGCUAGAUUUCAAAGGAGCUUUUACAGAAGUUGCUCUUAUUUUUUUUCUGCAUGUCUUCUUUCUUUAAAAAAAAAAAAAAAAAAAAAAAAAA